AAUGCAAUUUCUUAACUUUGCAAUUAUCCCAAAUGGCUUCUUCUUCUUCCAAAUCUCCUCCUCUACCUUCACGCCAUUCUCCACAAUUCACACCAAUUCAAGAAGAGCGUGAAUUGGAUGAGUACAGUGACGACAGAAAUACCCCAAGUACUUGCAAUGAUAAAGCUUUGACUCCAAAGCAACACCACCACCACCACCACCCUCCAACUCCUAUUGUGAAGAAGAAUGACAAAUCCAAUCACAAUAAGAAGAAAAGGUCUGAAUCUGAUCAAGAAGAUGGUUCUGUGUCUUGCAACAAGUGUAGGCCUCAUUCUCGUGACAAAAUCUUUGUCCUUCCUUUGGAUCACAGCAACAAUAAUGGAUCAAGCAAGCACUCAUCUUUGUUGGCGAGUCCCAAUGGGAUUUUCAGGUCCAUUGUUUCCAAGCUAACACGCAAGAGCCCCAUGUCCAAUGAAGCUCUUUCAGCAUCAAGAGAAGAGCAAUGGAAAAUGGCUGUGGCUGAGCUUUCUCAAAAGCUUGUUCAAGCUACAAGGAAGAGAGAUGAGGCUCUUCUAGAGGCUUCAAGGCUCAUGCAUUCCAUGACUGAGCUAGAGAAGAAGCUCAACAAGCUCGAGUUGUAUUGCCACAGUUUGAAAUCUGGCCUCGAAGAAUGCAGCAACAGUUCCCCUUAUGGAAUGGGAAAGACUCAGAGUUUCCAUCAAGACACAGUGAUCCAACAUUUCUUGGUCUCGGUCUCUGAAGCAAGGUCUUGUGUAAGGCUUCUGAGUCGUUCUCUUACUAUGCAAUUGAGGCACAUGGGGAACAAGGUGUAUGAGAAAGUUUGCUUACUUCUUCAACCUUAUGAUAUAAGAAUCUCUUUCUCUAAGAACCCGAGAAGCUUGCUCUUCUACUUAGAAGCCCUUUUGAAUAGAACUUUCUUUGAGGACUUCGAAUCAAUUGGGUUCCAGAAGAACGCGUGUAAUCAGAUACUAAACCCAGUGGAAAGAUGUGAGGGGAGUUUUGAGUCGUUCAAUAUGCUUCACGGGUUAACAUGGGAAGAGGUGCUGAGCAAGGGGACAAGGCACUUCAGUGAGGACUUCAGCAGAUUUUGUGACAGGAAAAUGAGUGAGAUCGUGGCAAUGUUGGGUUGGAACAGGGCUUGGCCAGAGCCACUUUUGCAAGCUUUCUUUGGUGCCUCGAAGAGUGUGUGGAUGGUUCACUUGUUGGCCAACUCGGUUCACCCAAGUUUGCCAAUUUUUAGAGUGGACAAAGGGGUGAGGUUUGAUUCGGUUUACAUGGAGGAUAUGGGUGGGGACAAGUCUUCCAAGUUGGUACCAAGCAUGGUCAGGAUAAUGGUUGCGCCAGGGUUUUAUGUCUAUGGCAGUGCGGUGAAAUGUAAGGUCCUUUGCAGAUACUUGAGCAACAACACCCUCAGUCACAGUAACAAGGAAGAGAAAGGUUUAACCCCAUCCCCUUAAUCUUUAUUGGUUCAGCUUCUAUUGCUUUUUUUUACGUUAGCCAAUGUAAUGUAUAAAUAUUGGGGGCAUAUAUAUGGGUUGGUUGGUUUUGUUAAAACUUUUAAGUGGAUAUGCAGCUUAAUUGGCAACGUUACUUUCAUGCUUUGGGAUGUUGGUAUAUCGAGAUUUUUGGGUCAAAGUGAACAAUUUGGCAUUUUCUGGUUUCUCCUUGUUUUAUCUUUUGUCUAGUCUAUUUGGACUUUUCAUAAUUUUGUUUCAUGACACAUCUAUACGGUUAUUUUACUUUUAGGUACUUAGAUAGUUCGAUGGGGUUGGGAAGACAGA